UUUGUGUGUUCGUUGAGCCGAGAGAAGGUUAGCAUCUCCCUCGACAAGGACGAGAUCAGCCUGCGGGCUCACAACACAUAACGGUUAAGGCACCCCGCGCGAGCGGGCAUAACCAAAUUUUUCCGUCCUUCAGACCUUCCUAGCUGCUUCUUUUUGCGCGUCAUUCUAGGUAUCGCUCGUACUGCCGCUCGCUCUCUGCCCGCCUAGUUCUUUCGGCGCGCUGUAGAGACACGUAGGGCUUGUCGAGAUUAAUUGCGUAACAGGCGGCACUCCACAGCCGCACUGCCACCCUCUCUCAGUUUAGACCCGAAGUUGGGCCGUCGCGAGAAGUUGGGUGAAGGAUCACGAGGAAAACCAGGCUGCGAGGAAGGGUUUAGAGGGGUAAACGUAGGGGGUGGAGAGGGGUACACAGGGGCGACAGGGUCCGAGGAGGGCGAGCGGGUGCAAGGACGAGUGCCGGAGUACAGAGGGUUGAGAGGGUGCGAGGAGGAGUGGGCGGUGAUAAGUGUGAGAGUACAGAGGGCGAUGUCGACGAGAAGAGGCGCGCCCUCGAGAGGUCCGCCCAAACACCAAAACACGGUGGCGUGGGUUCCGGAACGAAAUGUGCAGAAGAAAGAGACGGAGCUAGGCACCAAGACGAGGCCGUUUGCCAACAUCUCUGGCGUGUGCCGGCGGUGCUGCGACCAGAUAGCGUGGCGGCGCAAGUACGGGAAGUACAAGCCGCUUAAAGAGCCGGCCAAAUGUGGUGCAUGUGGCAAGAGGAGCGUGCGCGACGCAUACCAUGCCAUAUGCAAAGCAUGUGCGAAGGAGAAGGGAGUGUGCGCCAAGUGUCGACAGCCCACCAAGGAGAUUGUGCAAGAUGGAGCAGAAGUGCGGGAGAACGAGAUGAAGCAACUAGAGGAGGCUCUUGGGCGGCUGAGGGAGAGGGAGAGGAGAAGCCUGCUGCGUGCGAUGGAGAAGGGUAACUCAGGGGCAGCAACCAGCGUGGCUAACAAGGCUGCCAAGAGGGAAGCAGAGGAAGACAAUAGUGAGGAGGACGAGGAGGACGAGGAGGACGAGGAGGACGAGGAGGAGGAUGAGGAGGAUGAGGAGGGAGAGGAUGGGGAGGAGGAAGAUGAAGAGGGUGGGGUGGAGGAGGAAGGUGAGGUGGAGGAUGGUGAGGAUGAUGGGGCCAAGAAUGAUAACGGAGAUGAGGGGGAUGCGGAGGGUGCGGAUGGACAUGGUGACCACAAAGACGAUGGCAAGCACCAUGAGGAGGCAGAGGAGGAUGCAGCUGGCAAGAAUGGCGGCAAUUGAGCAGUGUAGACCAGCCCCUCAAAUUUCAUGAUUUUUUUUCCUGAUUUUGCUGAUUUUCAGGGUGUUUUUCUGUACCGACCCUGGAAAAUCAGCGUUGGAAUCUGAAAUAACGGGGCUAACUAGUUAAAAAAAACAGUACCAACCCUGAUUUUCAGGGUGUUUUCAGGGUGCCUUUGUGUACCGAACUGACCCUGAAAAUUCAGUGUGGUCUAAAACGAAUCUGAGGGCCUGGUCUUGUAGUCGAACAGCCAGCCCUGUGAGGGAAGCUGCCUUAUGGCAAAAAAUGCAUGUGUUCGUGGACUAUGGCAAAGAGCCUAGCAGCAAGACCAGUUUUAUUUACCAUGUG